AUAUAUAUAUAUAUAUACACGUGCACAAUACGAUUUCAUUGGAAUAUAAACUAUCAUUAAUGCACCCUUAUUAUAAAAAUGAGUAAAAUGUAUUCUACUGCUAAUCUUACGGAUAAGGAGUUAAAGGAGCAAGGAAAUCGUCUAUUUAGUCUACAUAAGUAUGAGGAUGCUGCUAAUUGUUACACAAAAGCUAUUAUUAAAAAUCCAAAUCAAGCACCUUACUUUACAAAUCGAGCAUUAGUGUAUUUGAAAUUGAAACGCUGGGAGUCUUCUUGUCAAGAUUGUCGGCGUGCUUUAGAUCUUGAUCCAUGUUUCAUAAAAGGUCAUUUUUUCCUCGGUUUAGCUUUACAAGGUUUAGAACUUUUUGACGAAGCCAUUAAGCAUUUUCAAAGAGCUGUGGAUCUAGCCAAGGAACAGAAAUUAAAUUAUGGAGAUGAUAUAACAAGUGUUCUCCGACAAGCUCGAAAAAAACGCUUUCAAAUAAAAGAAGAACAGAGAAUUAAUCAAGAAAUUGAACUUCAAUCAUACUUAAACCGACUGAUUGUUCUAGAUGCAGAAAAAAGCUUAUCACAGCUUGAAGAAAAGCAAUGUCAAGGAGAAGAUGAAAACAAUGAAUACAGGGAUGAAGAUUCUAUGAGUGAGUCUAAAUUGGCAUCAAUUAGAUUAGAGAUCGAAGAAAGAAGAGAUACAUCUAUUAGUCGACUAAAUGAGUUAUUUGCCAAAGUUGAUGAUAAUCGAAGGAAACGAGAAGUACCCGAUUAUCUGUGCGGUAAAAUCAGUUUUGAAAUACUUCAAGAACCUGUGAUAACACCAAGUGGUAUAACUUAUGAAAGGAAAGAUAUUGAAGAACAUCUUCAGAGAGUAGGUCACUUUGAUCCAGUCACACGCGUUCGUUUGACACAAGACCAACUUAUACCAAAUCUGGCAAUGAAAGAAGUGGUAGAUGUUUUUUUGCAAGAAAACGAAUGGGCUCUUGAUUACUAGGUAAUAAGCAAGGAACAACAAAAUCUUUAUUUUAAUAAACUGUAAUUACGUAAUAGGCUUAUUUUUUGCCCUUAGUGUUGAUUAUACAUUGUACCAUAAUAAUGUAAAGGAAAAAUUACGCUUAGAACAUAUUUUUGUUUAUACCUUUUAAAUAUGAAAAUUACAUUUGUAAAAAUUUUAAAGUGUUGUAAAGUUUCCGCCCGAAUCCAUACGUAUAAGAUAUAAUAAGAAAUUUAUUUUUAAUUAAUUCAUUCGUUUGAUAGUGGUGAUAUCGAUUACUUUACAAAAUUAUUACGCGCUUUAAAAAGUGCGUAUUUAAUAUUAGA